CUGUCCCUGCUCUGGAAGACAUUGUAUCCAGCGAUGAUGAGUUGAACUCUCAUCUGGAUCUGAAGCGGAGUAUGGCAGCUCUAUCGCUCAACAGCGAGUUUCCAAGGUACCUUGGCAAAUCCAGCCGGAUGCGAUUCUUCAAGCAGGCGUACGAUACAAAGAACGCAUAUACCGGAGGAAACAGCACAACGCUGGUCAAUCAAAGGCUCCGGCAGUCGGUAACUAAAGCCAAAUACAUCAGAAGCCAGCCAUGGAUUGCGCCCUCCCUCGAACUCCCACCCGCGCGCUCUUAUGAGUUCCCUCCCGAUGAUCUCAUGGACUCACUUAUUGACCAUUAUUUCGCCGACCUCAAUGUCUACCUCCCGCUUCUGCACCGACCAACGUUCCAGAGCUGCGUUGAGAGCGCGCUGCAUUACGAAGACGAAGGCUUCGCCUCUUUGCUGCUCCUCGUGUGCGCCAUGGGCUCCCGGUUCUCAUACGACAAACGAGUGCUCUCCGAUGGCACCGACAACUGGCAUUCUGCUGGCUGGAGGUGGUUCAUGCAGGUUGUGCAACACCGCAAGGGUAUUAAUUUACGGCUGCCGAGACUGUACGACAUUCAAAUACCCUGUCUCAUAUAUUGUUACCUCCACGGCUCGUGUAUGACCCAUGCGUCGUGGGCUCAGAUAGGCCACGGCCUGCGGAUCGCGCAGGACAUGGGUGCACAUCGUCGGCGCUCGUAUGGGAAAAAGCCGACCAUCGAGGGCGAACUUAUGAAGCGGGCUUUUUGGAUACUCGUCCUUCUGGAUCGCACUCUCUGUUUGAGCCUGGGCAGGCAAUGUUCCCUUGAAGACGAAGACAUGGACGUGGACUUUCCCAUCGAGUGCGAUGACGAAUACUGGAUCGCCGACGACCCAGAAACGGCGUUCAAGCAGCCGGAGGGCAAGCCGUCUACGGUCUCAUGCUUUGUUUCGAGCUUGCGACUCAAGCAAAUCCAAGCUUUUGCGUUGCGGACUCUCUUCUCGACGAAGAAGUCGAAAGUGCUCUCCGGUCGGACGGGCCCUGAAUGGGAACAGCAAACCAUAUCUGAAUUAGAUUCCGCGUUGAAUCAGUGGUUGGACACUGUCCCAGACCAUUUGCGAUGGGACCCCCACAGGGAGAACGCAGUAUACCUCAGACAGUCCUCGAUCUUGUAUCAGUCGUACUACGGAACCCAAAUUAAUGUGCAUCGGCAGUUCAUCCCGCUUCCCCACAAGACCUCCAAACUGUCGUUCCCUUCGCUUGCGAUUUGCACAAAUGCUGCGCGCUCGUUAUUGCACGUCUUGGACACGCAGUACAGGAAGGCGGGGCUUUCGCCGUUCCUUAACGUGGCCGGCUUGUUCAGCGCUGGGAUCGUGUUAUUGUUGAAUAUUUGGGGCGGCAAGUCGUCGGGCGUUGCAAUCAAUCCUGCGAGGGAGCUAGCCGAAGUCCACAGGACCAUGGAAAUCCUGAAAACGCUGUCGCCACGGUGGUACAUCGCAGGCCGUUACUGGGAUGUCUUGCAUGACCUAGCCAAUGUAGGCGACGUGCCGCUCCCAGAGGGCAUCCCGCGCCAUAAGCGCUCGCACGAGGAGAGCUCAAAGGAAGGUGGCACCGCCGCCACCGUCGUUGCAACCCCGUCAGACAGCUCGACGCCGAGCAGCCAGCGCGAGAUCGCGGGCUCACGCCGCGUGUCGCUGCGCCAGACUCCCAUCACGACGGACUCGCCCGCGAGCAGCGACGGGCUCUUCAGCCCGACGUUCGACUUUGCGCUCCCGAUCCACAGCGACGAGCUCGGACGGAUCCCGAUCUUUGCCGGCCAGGGGCACCAGGAGCAGCAGGGACAGGACGGCGUGCCGCUGACGACGAUGGCGGAGCCUGCGUGGGACGGGUUCGACAUGGCGCCGUCCGUGUUUGGUUCGCCCGACCUGGAUGCUGCGGGUCUGACGACGAUGCCUGCGCCGACGGGCGCGGCGGCGCAGUACGUCGAAGCGUUUUCCGCCGCGGCGGGUGUACCUGGAUCGUCGUACGUGCCGGAGGCGUUCCAAGCGUUCGCGGGUAUGUCCCAGGCGGGAUCCGCUGCUAGUGGGCUGGAGACGAGCGUGGGGGCGUUCGAGCUGCCUGUCGGUGGUAAUCGCAACGGGGCAGCUGGAAUUGGGGAUAACACGCUCGCCAUGUGGUCGACGGCGCCCGGUGGAUUCGAGUGGGACGAGUGGGGGAUGUUUAUCUCGAGCAUGAACGAAACGGGGCAGAGUGCUUGAGGAUAACACGUUCCUAGUGGCUAUCUCAUUGCUGUCUGCAUUUUACGAAAAUAUGAUUGCUGUAAUCACUUCACUCCC